AUGAUCGCGCGCUACCGGGCCGGUGCUCCACCCUCCGUGUCCGUCUCUGUGCGCGACACCGCAUCGAGGGCGAGCCUGUCUGUCUUUGUGCGCAAGCGGCCGCUUCUCGAUGAGGAGCUGCGCCGGGGGGGCUUCGACGUCGUGUCGACCUGCGGCGAGGAGGAGACGGCUCGAGCCUCGCUCGUGGCGCAUGAGCCCAAGGUGACCGUCGACCUCUCGCGCGCCAUGGAGAACCACACGUACAAAUUCGACGGCGUGUACGGCGAGAGUGCAACCAACCAGCAGGUGUUCGACAGCGCCGUCCGGCCCAUGGUCGAGCAUCUCUUCGCCAGCCGCGGUCACGGCACCUGCUUCGCGUACGGCCAGACAGGAUCAGGCAAGACGAUGACGAUGGAGGGCCUCGGCAGCGGCGAGGGCGACAACAGCGCCGGCAUCUACUCCCUCGUUGCCGACGACCUCUUCAGGAAUGUGAGAGGGGCGGGCGGCGGCUUGACCGUGCGGGCGGGCUUCUUCGAGAUCUAUCGAGGGAAGUGCUUUGACCUGCUCAACAAAAAGAGGAGCGUGCAGGUGAUGGAGGAUGAGCACGGCGCGCAGCACGUCGUGGGGCUGCACCAGUCGACCCUCGCGUCGGCUGAGGAACUGCUGCUGCUGCUCUCGACCUCGGACCGCACCACUCGCGCGACAGCCCAAAACACGCACUCCUCGCGAUCGCACGCGGUGCUGCAGAUCGAGGUGGUAGAGCCUGCCUCGGAGAGCGUCCGCUGCAAGCUCUCGCUCGUCGACCUUGCCGGCUCCGAAUGGGCCGCCAAGGCGCAGUCAGACGACCGUCAGAACCGACUAGACGGCGCAGAGAUCAACAAGUCGCUGCUCUGCCUCAAGGAGUGCAUCCGUGCCCUCGGCUCGCAGUCGUCGCACGUUCCCUUUCGGGGCUCGAAGCUCACGCAGCUGCUCAAAGAUUCCUUCGUCGGCGAGAACUCUCGCACCGUCAUGAUCGCCACCAUCUCGCCCUGUUCCGUGUGCUGCGAGCACUCCCUCAACACCCUUCGCUACGCCGAGCGUGUAAAGGACUGGCAG